GUGAAUUAUAUUGUCAUUGUCAUAAUGGAAAAGAGGACCCGCUACGGAGUAGCGGGAACAAUGCCAACACGAAUAAACCACACAUCGACCACGGACUCCAACAGCAGUUAGCUAGUAACUGGCUAUCGUAUAUUGGGGGGGGAUGGGGAAUAAGACAUAUAAUAGAAGUGUUUGUAGAAGGGGAAUUUUUUAUAGAUGUAGAAGCGACGAGCUGGGAGAAAGGAAAACAUACACAUGUGGCUUGCGCGCAAGUGAGACUUGGAAGACGGGGCGGGCAAGUGGUCACUAUGGAAGUCGUCGGCCUAGUCCUCGGCGCCUGAGGCAGCUGGUGGGUCAAGCGAGCCGAGCUAAACACGAUUUCGAGAUCCUGGAGCGGGUUGUGCUUGAGCUACCAGCCGCGACCGAUAAGCUCGGAGGCGCUAGAGCCCGGAAUGUAAGUCACGGUGAUUUCGGUGCUGAAGUCCACAUUUGGGUCCUCCGCACCACCCAAGUACUAUGUAGGCCAGCAAACCAAGGAAAGCCUCUCCAGCGACCUUCCACGGUGCACGUAAAAAACAGGAAGUGGUGCAUCUUGAGGGCGAUGACCUUAUUGAUGAGCGGCCGAUAGUCGUUCCAUCUUUAAGACUAUAGGGUUAAUUCAUGCAAGUCAGAAUAGAUCGGAUAAAGGGUGUGGCUACGCACAUCACGUCGCCGACGCCCGAGACCACCGCUUCA